AGUUUGAUCCUUACUUUUUCAAGCAAAUUUAUCUCAUACAUUUUGGGUGGAAGCUCUUUAUAUGGCUAUUCAUCAUUUAAAUAUUUUACCUUCAAUCAGGUUACAUUUUUCUACACCACACGAAAUGCUUUUUGGUGUUGUGCCUAACUACAAUUAUUUACGAACCUUUGAAUGUGCAUGCUAUCUUAAUCUUUCCGUUGCAACCUCCCACAAACUUGCUUCACAUUCCACUUUAUGUGUUUUCCUUAGGUAUCCUACACAUCACAAGGGCUAUUGUUGCUUUGACUUAGCCACUAAUAAAAUUGUACUCUUGCGACAUGUUGUGUUUGUUGAGAAUUCCUUUCCCUAUAAAUCCCUUACUAUUAAUUACCCAAAUCCUACUUCUUCAUCCAUUUUCCAUGCUCCAUUCCACCUUUUUGAUGUUGUCCUCCCACCUCCAAUAAAACCAUCUAUUGUACCUCCACAUGUCCCACUUCCUACACUUACCCUUGUCCAUUUUCCAGUUGUCCCUAGUUCAUCCCUUCAUCCCACACAUGCUACCUCAUGCUUUCCCUCACUUACUGCCCCACUUGUCAAUGCUCAUUCCCCAACUAGUUCCGCAAGUUCGUCACAUGUGCCAAGCAAUCUAGUUGUUGCUUCUUUGCCAUCUACUCAUGAUAUUUCUAGCCAUGCAGGUACUCCUUUUGCUAUUGCUCGUACUGAUGCUCCUACAGGUGAUGCUUUUUAUCUUUCAAGUAGUCCAACCAAUCCUCUUGUUGUUAGCUCUUCUACUUCUUCCACCACCACUUCAUCUUCGAGCCAUGUCAUGAGUCAUGGUGGUCGGACUCAUUCCAUGGUUACUAGGUCCCCAAAUGGAACUUGUAAGAUUCAUGUGUUGCCUUCCUUGCUUGCUACUGCUUGUGCCUUGAGAGAGCCAAAAAAUUUCAAGGAAGCAAGUGCAGAUCUGACUCGGUGCAUUUGUAUUAAACAGAGGGUGGAUGGCAAUGUUGAAAUAUUGAAGGUUGCUAACUUGCAUGCUAAGAGUGGUACGUGUGAUUGUAAGUUUGCCUCUACACCAUUGAGUCCAAAGAUGAAAUUAAACAGUUGAUGAUGGUGCUUUGUAUCAUAACCCCUCUUUGUAUCAUAACCCCUCUUUGUAUCGUAGUCUUGUUGGUGCUCUUCAUUAUCUUACUUGUACUCAACCUGAUAUUGCUUUUGAAGUGGGUCAAGUUUGUUAGUUUAUGCAUAAGCCUACCACUUUUCAUUUUCAAGCUAUGAAACGGAUUUUAUGGUAUUUAAAAGGCAUUGUGGACUAUGGUUUAUAGCUAUAUUGUCAUUCUUUGCUUUCUUUGCAUAUGUUUACGAAUGUGGAUUGGGCAAGUUGUUGAUACUUGUUGGUCUAUUUUUGGAUAUUGUUUUUUUUUAGGCAAUUCUCUUAUUUCUUGGCCAUCUAAGAAACAACACAUUGUUGCUCAUUCUAGUGUAGAAGCUAAGUAUUGUGCUCUUGCCAAUGCUGUUGCAGAGGUAAUAUGGGUUCACUAAUUACUUUUUAAGCUUUAUGCUUUUCUUCCUACAACAUCAGUGCUAUUUUGUGAUAAUUUUAGUGCUAUCUAUCUUUCUCUUAAUCCCAUUUAGCAUCAGCGCACUAAGCAUAUUGA